CAAACAGAUGGCCAUUGUCUAUUUCUCAAGAAAGCAUUAAUUUCAACCCUAGAUCACAAAGCUCAGAAGGGAAGUAUAGAGCUAAAGAGACUAGGUGUUAUUGAAACAACAUCAAGAUUGAAGAGAAAAGGAAAACCAAGGCCAUGGUCAUUGGUGACUACAAUUUUUACUGCCUCGGCUAUCUGA